ACACACUCUGUUACUUUUGAGCUCUACCCCCCCAUCUUUUAGUCAAUUCUUUGCUUCUGGAGCGAGUUGACUGUUCCGACACGGUUGGCACUCACGGGCUGGGUCACUAUAAUCGCUGUCUGAUAGGGGCAAGGACAAUAGGCUACAUACAUUCAUAAAUGUCAUGACAAUUAUCAGUUUGACUUUUCUCUCAAGAAAAACCGACUCACUGACAUCCUAAAUAAGGAGAAAAUCUCAGACCAUCCAAUUGAGUUGGAGAUUAUAGAUUCAUUUUUGAACUGAAGGUGUGUGUGUGUAUAGUCCCGUGAUGUUGGCCCACUCUUCUCUCCUGUUGCUGCUGUGUCUCGCGCGGCUGCCCACCCCCUUGUCGGCCCUGCCCUUUGAGCAGAGGGGAUUCUGGGACUUUGCGAUGGACAGCGAUGUGGGAGGGAUGAUGUCAAUGAUGAGAGAUGAAGAGGAAGGCUCGGCAAUAGAGGAGCUGCCCCCCCCUGAUCUGCCCUCAUGCCCCUUCGGGUGCCAGUGCCAACGCAGAGUGGUGCAAUGCUCAGAUCUGGGUUUGACUGAAGUGCCUAAGGGCAUUCCCGCUGACACCAAACUCUUGGACCUGCAGAACAACCGCAUCACUGAGCUGAAGGAGAACGACUUCAAAGGCCUUGGCAACCUCUACGCCCUAUCCCUGGUGAAUAAUAAGAUCAGCAAGGUCCACCCCAAGGCCUUUGUUCCUCUGAAACACAUGCAGAAGCUCUACUUCUCCAGAAACCUCCUGACUGGAGUCCCCAAGAACCUGCCCUCGUCUCUGGUGGAGCUGAGGAUCCAUGAGAACCGCAUCAAGAAGGUCCAUGAGGGGGCCUUCUCUGAACUGGGCAGCAUGAACUGCAUAGAAAUGGGAGGGAACCCCAUCCAGAACAGUGGGUUUGAGCCAGGAGCCUUCAAGGGACUGAAACUGAACUACCUGCGUAUCUCUGAGGCCCAACUCACUGGAGUACCCAAAGACCUGCCAGACAGUCUCCAUGAGCUCCAUCUGGACCACAACCAGAUACAGGCCAUCGAGCUGGAGGACCUGAGCCGCUACAAACACUUGUACAGGUUGGGUCUGGGCUUUAACCACAUUCGUAUGAUAGAGAAUGGCAGUCUAGCUUUCGUCCCCCGCCUGAGAGAGUUACACCUGGAGAACAACAGACUCACAGCAAUCCCCAAGGGUCUGCCUGACAUGAAGUACCUACAGGUGGUCUACCUCCAUUCCAACAGCAUCAGCAAGGUGGGAGUGGAUGACUUCUGCCCAAGAGGCUUUGGGAUGAAGAGGUCCUUCUAUAAUGGCAUCAGCCUCUACUCUAACCCUGUCAACUACUGGGAGGUCCAACCCGCUGCCUUCCGCUGUGUCAGUGACCGUCUGGCCAUCCAGUUUGGCAACUACAAGAAAUAAGCACAGGGAGAAAGUGAUAGAGAGGAUGGAAGGAGGAGUGCGAGAAGAGGACUGGGGAGAGGAGGAGGUUGAGGAGAGAAGGAGGCAGAGACCAGCAUUGGGGAAAGGAGAUGAGUAAAAUUGCCCUGACCAAAUUUAAAUCUGUAUUCGAUAGAGAGAACGAGAGAUGGUGAGGACAGAUGAGAUAAAAUAAACAAUAGAGAUGUGUUUGUUUUCUAAUUCCAACUAUAGAGAUCCUGUAUUCUAAUUCCGGUUCCAACCAUAGAGAUCCUGUAUUCUAAUUCCUGAUUCUAACCAGAGAUCCUGUAUUCUAAUUCCAGAUUCUAACCAUAGAGAUCCUGUAUUCUAAUUCCAGAUUCUAACCAUAGAGAUCCUGUAUUCUAAUUCCAGAUUCUAACCAUAGAGAUCGUGUAUUCUAAUUCCUGAUUCUAACCAUAGAGAUCGUGUAUUCUAAUUCCUGAUUCUAACCAUAGAGAUCGUGUAUUCUAAUUCCUGAUUCUAACCAUAUAUAUUCUGUAUUCUAAUUCCUGAUUGUAGGAGAGAAACAUACAUUGUGAGGGGAAUAGAAAGGGAAGGAUGUGCUUGCCCUAUCCACAUUUCAAUAUGCCUUUUUUUAAACCAUGCUUUUAAUAAAUCAGGUAUUAAAGCCUGAAAACAGGGUCAAUAUAAAUAAAUAAAUACUAUUGUGUUUGUGUCAAAUUAAUCAGUACUCAGAAAUAUAUAUUUUUUGAGGAUGUUUUUUUCCCCAAACAAAUUGCAAAGAUGAGAUAUAUGAUAAGAAAUAUUUUGAGGCAUUUCCUUCAAUAUUGUUUUUAUUACAAGAUAGCUUUAUUUGUUAUUAUUACAAUUUGUGUGUUAUUAUAAUUUUGGUGAAGAUACAUUACAGGUAAAAUAUAGAAAAGCAAUGCCUGUUUAUAGAUGAUCAUAUAAGAGGCGCUCUUUUUACAUGUUUGUUGUGUGUCUAUUUGGGAGUCACAUUUGAACCUUCCUUCUAUUGCUAACAUCAGACCUAUCAGGUGCUAACUUGGAUGCCAUAAUCAAUUUGUACUGUAUGUCAUAAGCAAACCCAACCUAUGGAAAGAAAACGUUUAAGGUUGGAGUCAAUUCCACUAUUUCAAAUCAGAUUCCAAAACGGAAGUUGUCAGUUCCAAUACAUCACAAAUCCAAACAAAAACAUAUAUUUCUUAUUCCUUUGAUUUGAUACCGCUGAAUUACCAUCACAAGUGGAACUGACCUCAACCUGGAGAUGUCAGUCUCAAUUAGGUAGGCUACUCCCCAGGGGAAACUGCCCUGGGUCCGAUUCUUCCUGGGUGCCAUUUUGUGUCCAUCCCCACUUCAGCAAUAGGUCUCCUGAGUGUAUACAGUGACAGUACAAUAAGGGGUGAACCGCCAGAGUGGGACUUGAACCAGCAACCCUGCAGGUCCAGACCCCUUGGCAGAGGCUGCAGCCAGGGAGGUUAUAACAGCAGUGUUUUAUGGAUUGUUUUGCACAGUGUCUCUAAUGCUUUCUCUGCUGGGUUUCCUCUGGGUAUUUAGUCUGUGUAAAUGAUAGAUGUAGUUGCCUUAGUUCUUAAUGCCUUUUCUAUACUCUGCCAAGCUACCGCUGCAUGUAAGAAUAAAGAUUUUUUUCAGCCUGACUAUAGCAGAGAGAACGUGUGAUGGUAUGGUGGUGGAAAGAAACUGUGUGAGAAAUAAAAGACAACUACAACAUUG